CCUACCUGUCAGUAAUUGAGGUUAUGUCACUUUGUUGACGAUGCAGUAGAAACAAAAAUCCCAAUUCGCAAAUUUACGAAUAGCAUGAAUAAAUUCAAGCAGAACCUGACUGAUUUGGACGUGAAAAAACUCUUUGUCGAACACAAGAUCGAUGAGAUUGUGGAAAUUGAAAAGUUACUCGAUGCCGAAAUCGAGAGAAAACGGACGGAACUCCGAUCAAUGGUCGGGGACCGGUACAAGGACAUCUUAACGGCUUCAGAUUCCAUCAAAAGCAUGAAGACGAUAUCUUCGAAAAUUGUAGAAAGUAUAGAAAACAUAACUUCCUCUUGUGAUAGGCUCUUGGAAAAUGCAGACUGUAAUCAGAAAAAGGCAGCAGUUUCACAAAACGAUGAGAAAAAUAACGAGAGAAUGUUAGUUAUCCAAAUUAGACUAGCGAUGUAUGUAAAUGAUGAAAUUUGGAUGUACUUGGAUAAGGAAGAUCAUUUCAAUGCUGCACAGCUUUAUUUAUUAGGGCAGAAUAUUCACACAGGUUUGAGUUUGAUCAACUCUCCCCUAAUUCAGAAAGUGCCUCUUCUCACACACAUAAAGUCAAACUUGAGUUUGCUCAGAGGUAUAAUUUUAAGCAGGGUCAUAAAGAAACUGGAAUCAGUCGAACUUACAGCAGAACAAACAUGCAGCAACUUGAACAGCUUGAUGCUCUUAAAUAAUCAAAGUACCAAUGAACUUGUUUGUGUAUUUAUGGAACAUAGGAAAACAGCUCUUGAAACCGUUAUGAACAUUGGUCACUCUAGUGUUCGUGUACAAAUAAGUGCUAUACUUAAAUGCUUAAUUACAACUAUUCAUCUACUAUAUGAAUGCUUUAUGUGUGACUCAAAGAAUGCUUUAAUUUUUAAACAGUUGGAAGAAAUUUUGAGUGAUAAUUCGAAACCUACUUUCAGUAAACUGAAAAUGCCAGAAUCAUUAUUACUACUUUAUAUACCUCAGAUAAUCAAGGAAUUUAGACCAAAAUGCAAAGGCCAACGUGAAGAUGUAAAUAUAUUUCCUGAAGGAAAAUUUUUGGAGAAAUGGCUGGAAAAUACAAAAGAAACGGUACAGCAAGGUCUUCGUAAAUCUCUCGAAGUCAUAAAAAAUAUUAAGGGGCUACAUCUGGUACGAGAAGAAGCCUUGAAGAUAGAAACACCGAAGGAUUGGGAGAAAAUUUGUGAAACAGUUGAGUUACCAAAGAAUUUUAGCGCAUGGCAAUAUUUUUUUCAAAGUUUGAUAACAGAAAGGGCUCAGCAACUGAUAGCAGAUAAAGUUAGGAAAAAUUUAAGUGAAUUCUUCGAGGAUAUCAACGAAGUCCUAACCGAUUCAAAGAAAUAUAAAUUGAAGGAAUUAGAUUUGAGGUCUUACGUUUGGUCUGAAGAUUCAAAGGAUAUCAAUAAGAUGAUUAAUCAGCAUACAGGAAUUUCAGUGAAAGCUAUGGGAUUUUCCAAGCCCAUAGUAACUCUUUGCGAUAAGCUAGAUGGAAAGUUCUUUGAACUACUGAAUGAUCUCUCUCAAUAUUUAUAUGGCAUGGAUAUUGAUAGGGAAGGAUUGAAUAUUCCUUCUUUUGCCAGAGAUCAAAAGUUUGUAGAUGUUGAUAUUCUUCAAAGAAGUUUGAUAGAAGAAUGCGUUUCUGAAAAUAUGAAAUUAUCGCAGAUUUUAUCAGAUCGUUUGAACCGAGAGAUCAGUGAAGAAACUGUCAAACAUUCACUUUUUUGUAUUAGGAUAUUACAGGCCAUAACAAAAUUAUGUCCAUGUUUCAAAAAAUGCUGUUCUUUGAACAACGAGCUAGGGGAAUGGUACAAAAUUUGUGAUAACUUCAAUAAAUGCAACAUGCAAUUAUGGAAUAAAUGGAUAGAUUAUUCGGUUGGUAAAACGAAAGACAUUUGUUUGAAGAAUUUCACAAAUCUUCUUCCACAAUCGACACUAGGGAUGUUUUUGAAGUGGGAUUCGAUUGAAAUUCAAGAACAAACUGACGACAAAGUAUUCAAAUCACAAAUCAAGGUGCCUUUGAAACCCAGCACGGCACUUGAAGACCUUCUAGUCAAGCUCAAUCAUAACGUUUGUUGUGUUUUACCACAUACGCUCCCGAAAACAGUUCACGUUCAAUUCAUAGAAGAAAAUGUGGAAGCGAUUUUAAAUCGAUAUAAAGAACUCUUGAACUUCGAAUUGAAUCAAAAUCAAGCUUUGCAGUUUUUAUUUGAUGUUAAAUACUUGACUCUGUUCUGUGUCAGGAGAGAAAAUGAACGACUUGUGGGAUUUUCCCUAGAUAUCUGUGAUAAAUUGAGAUCCAAGAUCGAUCCGUUUGAUCUAGAUGUUUUCUAUGCAUACUUACAAACGAAUGUCAAAAAAGCUGCCCUGCAGUCUCAGGUUAUAUUCGGAUGUUUGUUGCCAUCUUCUAUGCAAUUGUCAAAUUUGGAAAUUUCUGACAGAGGUAAAGAGCAAGAGAAGGAGCCAUCCGUUUUAGCUGUCAGUUACUCUUCGACCACUGCCUGGUUCCCUUUGCUUCCAAUCACAGCUCCAUCUCAGAAACAUUUAGUAACUUUUCCUGAGAAGGAGGAAAAGGUUCAACCAGGAAAGCCCAUCACGAAGACACCAAAGAAGUCAACGGAUAUUGGGUCGUCAGUAAAAUCGAAUGCAUCUUCUCUAUUCAGUGGAUUGACUACCGAUUGGUUUUCUUAACACUAUAACGGUACUUGUAGGUGCAGUUCAAAGAUAAGUAAUAGGUAUUUUUAUAAGAGCUUGUUGAAUAUUGUAGAGGAAAGCUUUCAAAAAAUUAAUAUAUUUAUUACGAAUUA